AUGGCCGAAGGAGCAAAAGUGUUCAAGAAGACCAGCCCCAACACCAAGUUAUCCAUCUACCUGGGGAAGAGAGACUUUGUGGAUCACGUGGAGUCCGUGGAAGCUGUCGAUGGUGUCUGCUUGAUUGACCCGGAGUACCUCAAGGACAGAAAAGUGUACGUGACGCUGACGUGUGCGUUUCGCUACGGCCGGGACGACCUCGACGUCAUUGGGUUGACCUUCAGGAAGGACCUCUACGUCCUGACCACUCAGCUCUUCCCUCCGGUGCCGGACCAGGUGCCCAAAACCCUCACGCCUUUGCAGGAGAAGCUGCUGAAGAAGCUGGGCGAGAACGCCUACCCCUUCACGUUCGAGAUCGCGACCAACCUGCCCUGCUCGGUCACCCUCCAGCCUGGACCAGACGAUGUGGGAAAGGCCUGCGGAGUGGACUUUGAGGUCAAAGGAUUUUGCGCUGAAAAUCUGGAGGAGAAAAUUCACAAGAGGAACUCGGUGCGGCUCAUCAUCCGAAAGAUCCAGUUCGCGCCCGUGAAAAUGGGGCCCGCGCCGAAGUCGGAGACCACGCGGCAGUUCAUGAUGUCCGACAAGCCCUUGCACCUCGAGGCCUCGCUGGACAAGGAGAUCUACUACCACGGAGACCCCAUCAGUGUGACUGUCAACAUCAACAACACCACCAGCAAGAUCGUGAAGAAGAUUAAGAUCUCAGUGGACCAGAUCACAGACGUGGUCCUCUAUUCGCUGGACAAAUACACAAAGACUGUGUGCAACGAGGAGAUCAACGAGAACGUGGCGGCCAACUCCACCUUCUCCAAAACCUACUCCGUGACGCCCCUGCUCUCGGCCAACCGCGAGAAGCGAGGCCUGGCUCUCGACGGCAAGCUCAAGCACGAGGACACCAACCUGGCCUCCACCACCAUCCUGAGGCCCGGCAUGGACAAGGAGGUGCUGGGGAUCCUGGUGUCGUACAAAGUGAAGGUCAACCUGGUGGUGUCCCGAGGAGGCAUCCUGGGGGACCUCACCUCGAGCGACGUCGGCGUGGAGCUGCCGGUCAUCCUGAUGCACCCGAAGCCCGUGGAGGAUAAGCCAAGGAGCGAGGAGGACAUUGUGAUCGAGGAAUUCGCUCGCCAGAAACUCAAGGGGGAAAAGGACGAUGAAGACGAGAAGGAGGAAGCUGACAAAGAAGAGAGCUAACCAGCUGCCUGGCUAGCAUGGUAGCAAGCGGUCCCGUGCACCAGAAUUUGGGACGCAGAUCUCCGUAGCGCAUUCCCCAGUAUAGCUAGCGCAGUGCAAGUAUUCCAGCAAACCUCCGUCCUGUACCCGUGGUGUAAUAUAUCCCUGUAGGUGUAUCCUCCUCCCUCAAACACCACCCCUUGUGCUGACUCCAAGUCCUGAGUCCAGCGGCAAAACCAGCUGAUGUGUUUACUCAUGAUAUUAUAUUUGAAAUCACGGUUCCCUGUAGAACAGAAACCCCAGGCGUUUCUACUUCUUUGCAUCCACAGAUGCAACGUUCACUCAGAGGUGGGGAUGAGCCAGUUUUACCUCCCUGUGGGUCUCAUCUCACUGCUCCCCCUUUUGCCCAGGCCAAGUGUAAGAUAGGAUUUGUGAAGGGAAGGGACAACACCCGGCUCAUUUGAGGCAUUCUCUGGGGUCUCACGGAGAGCCCGCCUGA